AUGAUGUCUAAAUGCAAGUCCUGUUAGGAUGAAGGAUUUUUGACUUGUCCUUUAUGUUAAAAAAUAACUUAUUGUUCCAAAAAAUGCAGAGAUUAUGAUUGGUAAUUGUAUAAAUCCUAAUAAAGAGGGCUAUUUCUCAUAAAUUUGAUUGUAAAUCAUAGCUUCCUAAAAGAAGUGUUUCUGAAUUUGAAAUUGUUAAUUAAGGGUCAUUAGGGAGAGGAAGUUUUGGAUGUGUAAAAUUAGCUCGUGAUAGAUAAACUGGUUUGCUAUAUGCAAUGAAGAUUGUAAUUAUUAAAGUAAUGUAGAUUGAAAAAUAAGGUGUUUCAAUUGAAAAUUUAAAGAGAGAAAUAAGAAUAUAGAAAAAGCUUUAACAUCCUCAUGUUAUUUAAUUAUUUGAAUUUUUUGAAGAUGAUUAAAAUGUUUAUUUGAUCUUAGAAUAUGCAGGUAUUUUAAUCAUUUUUAAUAUAGAAAAUGGAUCCUUAUUUGGUUAUUUAAGGAAAAGGAAAAUUUUAAAUGAAAAUGAAUCCUUUGUUUAUUUUUUUUAAACUUGUUUGGGAAUAGAUUAUCUACAUAAGAAAUAAAUCAUACAUCGAGAUUUAAAACCAGAAAAUUUAUUACUUGAUAAAGAUGGUAAUAUCAAAAUUUGUGAUUUUGGAUGGUCAGCUGAAAUAAUGAUUACACAAACUAGAAAUACGUUUUGUGGUACCAUUGAUUAUAUGACUCCUGAAAUGUUAGAAGAUAAACCUCAUGAUUAAACAUUAGAUAUGUGGUGUUUAGGUGUAUUAUUAUAUGAAUUGAUACAUGGAACAGCUCCAUUUAAAGGUCGAAAUGAUUUUGAGAAAUGUUAAAACAUUUUAAAAUAAGAAAAUUUUGAAAUACUUGCUAGUGAUUAGGUAAUCUUGCUUUUACUAUUAAUAUUAGGCUAAAGACCUUAUUUUAGGAUUAAUGAAAAGAGACUCUAAAUAAAGACUUACAAUGGAUUAAGUAUUUUCUCAUCCUUGGAUGUUGAAGAUGGCUAAAGAAUAUAAUGUGGAAAUAAAAGAAUAUAUAUUUGAAGAGAAAAAGAAUUUAGAUGAAUUAAGUAGCAGUUUAAGACUUGAUACAAAAUUUUCAAAUAGAAAUACUACAACAACAAGAUUGUCAGGAUCAAAUUUUAAGAAAGAAUGCAAUUCUAUAGCUUUCUCUAUGUAUUCUGAAGAUAUGCAACCUCCAAUUUAAAAUAGAAUUACAAGAAGAACAGAUCAUUCUGGAAAAAAAGAAGGAGGAUUCUUUGAAACUCUAUUUUAGAAUUUUGGUUGCACUAGACGUAAUUGA